AUGUCUGAAAAAUCCUCUAACAAAUCUCAUUUACCUAUCGGCCAAAAUGCAUCACCUAUUGUAGGACCUGAUGUCAGAUCGCUUGAGGAGGCUUUAUCCAUUAUUUUGCAGAACAUACCAAUUGAAAUUAAAACACCAAAUGAGACAACAAAAAUCUCGGAAAAAAUGCCACUGAAAGAACGUGAUACUAAUAAAGCAUUGAAGAUAUUCAACGUUAAUGUUACCAAAUCUUUUGAUCUAUUCAAUUCCAAGUCAAGCUUCAACUUUCUUGUCUGUAGUGGGGCGGCCGGAAUAGGUAAAACCCGUUGGAGAAAUGAGUUCUUUAACUCUGUUAAAAAAGAUUGGAGUCCACCACCUAGUUGGGAGAAACCAGAAUAUCUCUAUCUGCUUCUUGAUUUCGUAACUGGUUCUUGCCUUUGUGAUCUUGAUAUAAAUCUGACAGCAUCUAUCAUUCUCGGACUUAGGAUAGCCUAUCACUAUUUUGUACGCAGAGAUGGUAGAAUAAUGUCAUUUGAAACAUUUCAGGUUCGAGCGUGUCACUUUUUUAAACAUUUCAGAAUAAAUGUUGUUCUUGAAAGUAUUCAAAAUCAUCUACUAAGUGGGCUCAACAAGAAACUUAUUAUAGUACUUCAUAUCGACGAGUUUCAAGAAAUUUUCGCUUUCGAAAACAGUUGGAAAGGAGGGUUGAGUGGGAAAGGACUUUUUAAAGAAAUGUUGUGUGCCCUCAGACCUUUGAUGAUGGAAUCUGAAACCACGUAUUUUAUGUCCAAACGUUUUUAUCAGGGACAGGAUCACAAGAUGUUAUCAAUAACUUUAAAGCAACAGAUUAUUCCUUCGAGUUUGUCAAGUCUUUUAUAUAAUACUAGUGGACUUUCACAAGCAUUGGAAACUGUUCUUGAUGAAUGUUUCAAAAGAGAUGGUUGUCAACUCCUAUACUACUGCAUUGGAGCCAUUCCAGUUCAGCUUAAUGCAAAAUUGGAUAGUGAGCAGACCAGUAACAGUAGAGGACCUGAAGCACGAUGGGAUUUUAAUUCUAAAGAAUCCUGGACCUAA